AUGCCUUCUAGACGACGUCCAAGACCCAGACAGGGACUUGUGAGCUCUCCCAGCGAUGGAGCUCCUAACGAACGUCCAAGCCCCACACAGGGACUUGUGAGCUCUCCCAGGGAUGGAGCUCCUAACGAACGUCCAAGCCCCACACAGGGACUUGUGAGCUCUCCCAGCGAUGGAGCUCCUAACGAACGUCCAAGCCCCACACAGGGACUUGUGAGCUCUCCCAGGGAUGGAGCUCCUAACGAACGUCCAAGCCCCACACAGGGACUUGUGAGCUCUCCCAGCGAUGGAGCUCCUAACGAACGUCCAAAACCCACACAGGGACUUGUGAGCUCUCCCAGGGAUGGAGCUCCUAACGGACAUCCAAGCCCCACACAGGGACUUGUGAGCUCUCCCAGGGAUGGAGCUCCUAACGAACGUCCAAGCCCCACACAGGGACUUGUGAGCUCUCCCAGGGAUGGAGCUCCUAACGAACGUCCAAGCCCCACACAGGGACUUGUGAGCUCUCCCAGCGAUAGAGCUCAGUCCCAGGUCUCAGAUGAUUUUCGCCAACUCCAAAUGGAGAUUGAAGACUGCAAAAAAGGAAAUGCUUUCCUGACCGACUGCAGCAAUAAACUGGAGUGUGAAAUAGUGGAUCGUGAAGAGGAAAUGGAAAUAAUGCUGAUGAUCCACAAGAACUUGGACUCGAACAGAGCUGAACUGAGAGAGCAACUCCAGCAGCAGCGGGAGGAGAAUAAAGCCCUCAAAGAGAAAAAACUAAAACUGGAAGAGAACAAGAUGGAGAUCCAUCUCCAGCAGAAGCAGGAACAGGAAAAAUCCUGGUUCCGGCUGAAGGAGGCUCUAACCAAACUGAAAAAUGAAAGGCAACUGUUCAAGGAAAGAGAGAUCGAGGUUGCAAAUGAGAAAAUGAUCCUGGAAGAGCUCAAAAGACAGACUGAAGAAAUAAAACAAGAAAACCAGAAGGAAAAGAUGGAUCUGAAAGAGCAGAAGGAAAGCUUGCAAAGAGAAGAAAAGAUAGUGAUGGAGGGCAAGAAAACACAUGAGAUGGAGAUGGAAGAGUUACAAGCAGCAAUGCUUGAUCUGGAGGAGAAGAGGACAGACCUGCAACUGUUGCAGUGCAAUAUGGAUGUGGAGAAAGCUGAGAUGAAGAAAAUGAAGGUACGAGAAGAGGAACAUCUUGUAAAGCUGCAGAAUGAGAAGAAGAAACUGCAGGGAGAGAUUGAGAUUUUAAUGGAGAACAAGAAAGAAGAGGAAAUGGGUCGGAAGGACCUGGAAAUGGAAAAGAAACAAAUCUGUGAUACCAAACUCAAAACAGACAAAGACUGUGAAGGACUCAAGAGAGAGCUGCAGCAGGAGAAUAAAGCCCUCCCAGAGAAAAACAAGUCAACAGACCAGAAACGGAGCAGCUGA